AUGUCCACACCGUUGCCCCCACAAGAACGGCAGAUCCAUCCACAUGAAGUGUCGACUGCACUUCGACGGCGGGUGACGGGAGCGUGCCACCUCCACUAUCGUCCACGUUCCCUCGGGCCUGUCUCCCUCUUGCUGUCGAACCCGUACCGUCAUAGUCUCCGUUCGCAACGCGCGACUCGCCCGCGGGCGCAGCAGCAGAUGAGCCGGCGGCCACGCCAGGCAGGCGUCCAGCACUCUUCCAUAUUUUCCUUCCAGCUCACGCCCCGUGCGCUUGGCGUUUCACCGUUUUUCCCUCUAAAGGACACGCUCGCGUCCGUACGGACGUCGAAAAGCCGCACAACUCAGUCCAGCUCGCCUGGUUUCCACCAUUUCCGCUUCGGCAGCGUCGAGACCGCACGCCACUCGACAACUUGGUUCACGUCCACCACGUCCACGUCCACCACAAAACCAAUGGGGCUAGCGGACCACCUGAGCGACGACAGUAUCAAGCCAAAGCGCAGUCACUCCCCCGAGAGCUGGCGCCAAUGGGAACCGGACCACGAACCGUCCACGGACGGCGAGUCGGACGCGACGACCGCCGACAACACGCGGCCGUCGUCCUCUCUCCCGACACUUGACGGUCUCCGACAGCACUCCCCUCGAGCGUCGGCCGUGCCUCCGGCGCUCGCGCCCUUGAACCACCACAACCAACUCACGCGGUUCAUCGCGAAACAAACGCUUGGCUACAUCCCCAAACUCCUCGUGCGGAGUCCGGAACGCACGUCGCCGUCACACGCCGUCUACGGGAGUCUCCCACGGGACCUCGCGGGCUUCACGUUCGAGAGUCCACGGGGGAAAACCGGGAGUGAGUCGCCGUCCUUUCGACUCCCGAGUCUCACGCCUCCUCGGAGUCCCUCCACUUUCUCCACUGAAGACGACCAGCUCCAAACCGCAACGACAACCACAACCACGACCACCACGACAUCCACCACGGACGGCGGACGCUCGAGUCUCCCGGCCUUACGACCAAGUGGAGCGAGUCUCCUCCUCCGCCGGUCCGACAGUUUCUCCGAGACGUGUCGGUCGCCCAUCCCGCCACUCAAGCGGCAACACACGCAGGAGGCCACGCACCACAGCGCCAUGUCCAUUGCCGACCUGUGCCAGCCGUUCCGGUACAUGCGCGCGUCGUCGUGUCCGUCCGACACGCACCCGAACGUACCGCUAACACCUACCACCACGAGCUUCAACAGUCCCCUCACGCCACCUACACAGCAUCUGCCCUCCCCCCUCAGUGUCGAACCCAGCUGGCGACCUGCAAUUGAACCACGCGUGUCGUCUGCACGCCCACGAUCGUGCACCGAUGGCAUCGACGCGUUGCGCGGGAGUCUAUCGCCGUCUGGACCGACGUCCCCUGACGACGGCUUCCAGCGGAUCCGGUUGGAGCGCAGCAGCUCCAUGGACGCGCCCACGUUGGUGCGGCACCUGAAACGCACAGCGGCCGAGUCCAUUGACUUGACUCAGUGGCUCGACCAGCCGCGGCUGAGCUCGUUGAGUUCGCUGGCGGACUCGGCCGACUCGAUGCAUCAACUCGAGCAAGCCGGUCGCUCGAUGUGCAUCUCGGACUCGCCUCGGUCGGACGCCAUGGCAGCGCACGAGGCCAAGCGCGAGAAGAAGCUCUGUGCCUUCCCCCAAUGCGCAAGCAACGCGGUGACCCGUGGACUGUGCAUCAGUCACGGCGGCGGCCGACGAUGUCAGCGCAAGGACUGUACACGUGGUGCACAGAGCAAAGGGCUCUGCGUCGCCCACGGCGGCGGCCGCAUCUGUCGCGCAGCCGGGUGCUCCAAUAUCCAGCGCAGUAUGGGCUUAUGCAUCCGUCACGGCGGUGGCAGACGCUGUAGCGUCAAGGGCUGUCAGAAGGGCGUCGUGCGGCAGGAUCUGUGCACGGCCCAUGGCGGCAAACGCAAGUGUCGCGUGGCGGACUGCACAAAGCACGUGAAGAAGAAGGGACUGUGUCGAUCGCACGCCAACUCGCUCUACGCGUCGUCGGGCUCGAGUUAG